AGGCAACCAUAGAACUUACCUUCACCCACCGAUUGAGCUGUCACAUGAAGCCGAAGCACGAGCAUUUGCGUUCCUCAUAACAUUGAUACAAAAUAUCGUUCAACUAUUUAGACCGGUAACAAGCGACACAGUAAUUCCCUCGUCAUCAACAACCGCAGCAACAACCACUCCAACGACGCCAAAAAUAACAAUCACUGCCGUGUCAUCGAGUGCAGGAACAUCACCAUCCGCGAAUCCAUUACUUUCAAUCACAGAAGCAACAGAAACCCUAUCGAUGUCAACAAUUACAUCAGGGUCGACUCCUAGCGCUCCAACAGUUUUAAUCUUGGACACUUUUAUCGCCUCCACCUCCACGGCUAACAUGGAAACAACGCUUGCGAUGUCAACAGCUUUGCUUACCGAAACAACGGAAACUACAGUUGUGUCAACCACUACAAGCGAAACAAGUUCUGUCAGCCCAGUAAGUUUGACUACAGAAACAACUGAAUCGUCCUCAAUUCCAACGGCCACCACGGAAUCAAUUACUAGUACCCCAUCAAUAGCCAUCACAGAGUCAACAGAAAUUACGACUACAUCAUCGGGUAGUAGUGAAUCAACUUCACAAACUACACCAACUAUAGCUUUAGAUAUUGAAACCACACUAUUGUCAGUAACAACCAAUGUCAGUGAAUCAACUUCCUCCUCAACCAUGACCGAAAGUUCAGCCAUUUCAUCUGCUAUCAGUUUAUCAAAUUCUAUCGCUAUACCUAUUUCGGUUACUGGGGACAUUUUGACCGAACCCACGCCAACGACUAUCAGUGAAUCAAUUUCUACUACCCCAACCGGUUCAACUGUUGCCGAAAAUACCAUGUCUACUGUUACUGAUCAAUCUACUUCUUUCACAACACCUACUCCAGCUACAGAAACUAUUGUAUCCAUCCCCUCGUCAUCAGCUGUCAGUGAAACAUUUUCUACCAUGACUGAAAUUCUGACUUUGUCAUCCAUUAUCGAUCUGUUAACACCUACUACUAUACUUCCCUCAGCUACAGAAAUAACUGUAACUACACCCAUACCAACUGUCAGUGAAUCAACUUCUACCACUCCAGUUAGUUCAACCUUAACGGAAAGUACGGACACUUCAUCUGCUAUCAGUUUAUCAACUUUGACCACUACCCUUACUUCACUCACCGGAAGCACUGUAACCGAACCUGCUUUAACGACCAUCAGUGAAUCUAUUUCCACCAUUUCAACCGGUUCAACGAUUAUCGAAACUACGGCCAUGUCUACUGCUACUAAUCUAUCAACUGGUAGUACUACACCUACUUUAUCCAUACCCAUGUCAUCGACUGUCAGUGACACAACGUCUACCAUGACUGAAAUAAUGGCAUUGUCCUCGACUAUUGGGGUAUUAACUUCCACUACUAUACCUGCCUCAGCUACAGGAACAGAUGUCACGACACCCGUGUCGACGAUUUUCAGCGAAUCAACUUCUACCACUUCAGUUAGUUCAACAGUAACAGAAACAACGUUCGCUUCACCAACUAACAGUCUAUCACCAUCACCCACUAUGUUUACUGUAGCUACAGAAACCAAUGAAACUUUACCAACGUCAGGGACUGAUGCCAGCGAAUCGACUCCUAUCAUAACGCAAAUGAUAGAAACACCUCUGACUACAUCUACGCCAGCGACUGUGAGCGAAUCAAGUACUACUGACCCAAUAAGUUCAACUACAGAAAUAAAUGAAACUACAUCCACACCAUCUACUGUCAGUGUAUCAAAUUCUGCAUCUACAUCUGACUCAGCUACGGAAACAACUUUGUCCACUCCUACGCCAACGAUUGUUAGCGAAUCAACUUCUAUCACCCCAAUUACUGAAACCAUAAUUGAAACGAUGAGUACUUCAACUACUUUGGGCCAAUCCACUUCUAGCACUGCAACCACUUUAGAUACAGAAACAACCCUAACCACAUUCACAUCCACGACCGUUAGCGAAACCACGUCUACGAUAACUGAGGCAACGUCAAUCGUUAUUGGUGAAUCAAUUUCUACAAGUACACCUGCUCCAGCGACGGAAGCAAUUGCAACCACAUACACGUCAACAAUUGUCGGUGAUUCAACCUCUACCACUCCAACGAUUUCAAUUAUAGAAAUAACUGAUACUAGUACUGCAUCUACAUCUACUUCAGCUAGGGAUACAACUUCACCAACACCUCUGCCUACACCCAUCUAACUAAAACUACUUCAACUAGAGAAAUAAAUCGAACCUCUAAGAACAGUUGUGUAGGCAACUUCCAGUAGUGUAACACCUUCAACUAUAUGCAUCUACAAGUAAAACCACUACUACGACAAUGCUAUAUUUAACAUAAUACGAUAAAGAGCCGGCCUCAAAUUGUAUUUUUAAUAACAUUCAAAUUUGUGUUGUUUAUGUUUCAAUCGGUUUCAAUACCUUUUAAUUGUAUAAAGUGUGACGCAUUUCAAAUGAAUUUGCUGUUUCUAUUUAUAGUUAUCGGUUUCAACCGAAUUCAAAUGAUUGAUCAGGAAAAUAAGGUAUGUAAGCACUGAAAAGAAACAUCAAAAUUACUUGAAAACUAAAAGCAUUCUAGAUUUGUUUGCAUUACAUUUACGUAUUUCAAAA